AGAUAGAUUCAGAAAAUACAUAAAAAAGAAUUGAGAAAAAGAAAAUGUUUGAAAAAAUGUGUGAUGAGAAAGGUAAUGCAAAAUUGGUAAGCACAGUGAUGUUGAGCAUACUGCUCAUUCACAUUCACAUUCACACCGCCAAUGCAACUAGCUACACUGUCGGAGACUCAUCUGGUUGGACCUUCAACGUUGCUGGCUGGGAAAAGGGCAAGCCCUUCAAGGCCGGCGAUACACUCAUUUUCAAGUACGUGGUGGGUCAGCACAACACGGUUGUGGUGGACAAGGCGAGCUACGAUUCUUGCAGUGUGCCGGCUGGUGCACCAACGUAUAGUUCAGGGAACGACAAUUUGACGUUGAAGAAAGGUCCAAAUUACUUGAUUUGUGGGAUUAGAGGGCAUUGUGAAGCUGGGAUGAAGAUAGCUCCCAUUGCUGCUUAAUUAGUCCCCAUAUCCAAAUAAUUAUAUGUAGUUAGGUUUGGUUAGUUAUGAGUCAAUAAAUAUAGAUUUUUUCUCCAGAUUCCGAUGACCGCGCAAAGUGCAUGUAUGAUUCUAUAUGUCACAAAUAUGUAUUAUGGUUGCUUUUUAAAUCUAUGUAACUUUUCUUUAUCUUUGUGUGAUCUGCA